GGGCCGGGCCGUGCCGUGCCUGCGCGCCGGCGGCUCCGCUCCGCUCGGCUCGGGCCGGGCCGGGGGCGAGGUGCGGGGAGCGGGGAGCCCCUUCCUCGGAGCACGGGCCGCCAGGUAACCUGCUGUCACGAUGAGGUUACUUCAUAGAGUGACUAUAGCCAACUCGAUCAGUGGAUGUUAAGUCUCGCAUCUGAAGACAAGGGUUGGUUUGGUUCCUUUCCACCACCAAGGAUUGUGGUUGGUGCAUGUCUUUGUUAAUCUCUAAGUGUGCCAAGGUCAGGCGUGAAGCAGCUCUUUCCCUUGGCCCUCCUGGCAGCCCAGGAUAUGGAGGCUCUUGAAGUUGAUGACAUUAGCCCUGCCUUGGAAGUGACUGAAGACUUUUUCAAUAGUUUUGAUACUAAGCUCGAAAAGAUCGUUCAGCCCUCUGAGGUGUAUGGUGUGCAGGAGGUUCCUGAGCUGGUUGGGCAUGAGGUAUUUGAUCAGAUAACAGAAAGCAGGAAUCUGAGGAACGUCACCUCCUUAGCCAAAAGUAACCUGAUCUGGGAUCACUGCAAAAAUGGCCUGUUGGAAACCAAAGCUCAGACAGCGUUCCCUGCCAAAGAGCAGCGCUUGGUGCAGAGGGGAACAGCUGCUGACAGCCUUGCUUGGGCAGGGGAAGGGGAGACAGCAGCUUUUAACAUCUUCAGUAUCUGCCAGCGGAGGAGAGACAGGCCUCGCUCAGUGAACGACAUCCUGGUGCAGAGUGAGGAAUCCUCCAAGUUCAAGCCAGGGCACAACAGGUCGCGCUCUGAUAUCAGCCAUGUGAACUGGGGAAUGGUCUUCACGGGCACCUCUCUGCAGCAGCCACCUCUGCCUGGUCAGGACAAUAACUGCGCUCUGCUCUCUUACCUGGCAUUAACCAAGGGAGAGGACAUCCAAGGAAACACAGAACACAAGACAACGUUUCCAAAUAUUCUGAAGAAGGGAUACUUAGAAAUUAGAAGAAACAAUGACAGCUACUGGCAAACCUGUUACGCUGAGCUCUCGCCAUACAAACUGUACCUGUAUUGCCUGGACAGCAGUGGCAACCAGACUUUUCCCACCGUGUAUCCGCUCAUGCAUUUUCAAAGGGUCACUGUUACUGGUAGCAUUGAAGCCAAGGUAGUGGACGCUGCCCUGUCAGACAGCUCUCAGCUACAGCUGAAGGCGGAGUCCCCAUGGGAGGCUUUGGACUGGGGACGGAAACUCUGGGAAGCGGUGCGUGCUUCUGUGUCUACUUUCACAAGACAGCAGGAGAAACUGGAGAAUGUGCCAAAGCCUGACAAUAGCAGUGACCUUUCUCAAACAAAUGGAUUGGUAGAGAAGCCCAUGGAACUUUUGCUGUCCAUGAAUUUGACUGAAAAUAAUAAAGAGUACCAAAAUAUUCUCAAAUCAGGGACUCUUUACAGGUUAACUGUCCAGAAUAACUGGAAGGCAUUUACUUUUGUCUUGAACAGGUCUUAUCUCAUGGCAUUCCAACCGGGUAGGCUUGAUGAAGAUCCUCUGCUGAGCUACAAUAUCGAUGUGUGCCUGUCGGUCCAGACAGAUACUCAGGAUGGCUGUGACUCUUGCUUUCAGGUCAUUUUUCCUCAAGAUGUCCUCCGCCUGCGAGCAGAGACCCGUCAGAGGGCCUUGGAGUGGAUGGAGGCACUGAGAGCAGCAGCCAAUGCCACUAGAAGUUUAGGUCAGAACCUUCAGGUCACGCUUCGGAACAAACCUGGAGGUCGGCCCUUUGGAAAUGAUUUUAGAAAGAGUAAGCGCCAGUCUGUGACCACCAGCUUCCUGAGCAUCCUGACCACGCUGUCUCUAGAGAGAGGGCUCACAGUUCAGAGCUUCAAGUGUGCAGGCUGUCAGCGCUCCAUAGGCUUGUCCAAUGGGAAGGCCAAGGUGUGCAGCUACAGUGGAUGGUAUUACUGCAGUACCUGCCAUGUGGAUGACAGCUUCCUCAUCCCUGCACGGCUGGUUCAUAACUGGGAUACUUCCAAGUACAAGGUAUCAAAGCAAGCCAAAGAGUUCUUGGAAUAUGUGUAUGAGGAGCCAUUGAUUGAUAUUCAGCAGGAAAAUCCCAUGUUGUAUAAGCACGCUGAACCUCUGGCAACCAUUGUCCGCCUGAGACAGCAGCUAAAAUCUCUGCGAGCCUAUUUGUUCAGCUGCAGAGCAGCAGUGGCUGAAGAUUUGCGUAGAAGGAUCUUUCCCAGAGAGUAUCUUCUCCAGCAAAUCCAUCUUUAUUCUCUGGCAGACCUCCAGCAGGUUAUUGAAGGAAAGUUGGCUCCUUUCUUGGGGAAGGUGAUCAAGUUUGCCACCUCUCAUGUGUAUAGCUGCAGUCUUUGUAGUCAAAAGGGUUUCAUCUGUGAGAUUUGCAACAAUGGAGAAAUCCUCUAUCCCUUUGAGGACAUUUCUACAAGCAGGUGUGAAAGCUGUGGUGCUGUCUUCCACUCUGAAUGCAAAGUGAAGGCCGUACCAUGCCCCAGGUGCGUGCGUAAAGAAUUGCAGAAGAAGCAGAAAUCCUUCUGGAGGCGACUGAAUAUGGAUGAAAACUUCGAAGAGUCUUGCAACAUGUUUGAGUUGUCGUAUCAGAACACAUGAGUUCCUUAAGGCAGUGGCCAGCCUGAAGAGAGCCUCUUCCCCAGCUGCCAGGUCAAGCAACCUCUCAGCUUAGCCAGGCAGAAAUCUUUUUGCAAAAUAAUAUCUGAUCUUCUUCAUCUGUGAAUAGCAGCUGCCAAAGUGGCCAUAAAGCCUUGUUGGCUUUGAAAUAUCAACGGCUCAACUGCAUUUUGCAUUGAAGUCCAGCUGCUAGCUCUUAUACAAAAUGUGGUUUACUUGAAAUGCUUCAGGUCUAGCUAAUUGAGCACCCAACUUUUUCUUUUCCACCUCUGGAGAAGACUUUUCCUCAAGACAGAAAAUAUUUGCUGCCAUGAACACAUUAUUUUUGAUGUUGUUCAUUCAGAAUUGACGAAUCAUAUACUUAUUUAUGUGUAUUAUUUAUUAUUAGCCUUGGCAGAGGUUCUGGUAAGGUGUUUGUUUCACAGAACCUCAUAAGGCAGAAAUGAUAUUAAGCCUACCUGCUACUUUUGACAUGGACAUGUUUCCAUUUCCUCAUGUUUCCAGAGAGCUAUUUCUAAAGGAUCAGCACAUUUACAUGUCACUCCUCCCCAAGGAAAGAAAAGUAUCUCCCAUCAAACCUUAUUCAGGAUGUUUGCAAGCGUAAGAUGCAGAAUAAUUCCUUUAGCUGUGCUUAUUUAUAACCACCCCAGUGGAAUAUUACAUAAGCAGAUAAGCAGGGUACUUGCUGCUGUUCUUAUUCAGGCUGGGUAUAUCUGUCAAGCUCUGUCACUAAAGUCCAUUCUGCUUUACGCUACUUAUUCUUGAUCUAUGUGGGGCCACAUCCUCAACUCCAGUAAUGUGACUUUCAAAUCUCCUGCUAGGCUUGCAGACAUUUCAACUGUCUACAUUGGUUUUGUUUUUGUCGUGUGAAGUUUACUUUACAUGUUUUUCUAACCUGAUACUGGUAGACCAAUAGUUGGGAAAGUGAACUUGCCCAAUUUUGCUAGAAAAUACCCUCAAAAUUGUGAAACAUUAGUUUGCUGUGUUCAUGUGCAAUUUGUGUCCUGAGUUCUCUGGGAGCACUAGAGGAUUCUAUACAUCUCUGGUGAUUCAUGUGGUGGAGAGUGAACUUCUCAAGGUAUGGUUCUGCCUCGCAAACCUGGAACAUAGGGAAGUACUAAACAUCGUAAAUUACAUAUAUUGUGAAAGAUUUGACUGGAGAGAUGUGUGUCAUCACUAACAGUGUUCAGUUCAUUGUGUUUUCACCUUCAGUGAACACUUAGGGAUCCUCCUCACUCCAGUCCACAUUUUUAACUUUUUCUCCAGACCCUGCAGUAAUAUGUGUAUUAGAUGCAUAUGAAUACAUUCAUAUUUAUAUACACAUAUAUAU